AUGUCUUUAUCUUCGGAAGAAAAUUCACAAUAUUCCAUAAUCAUUGAUAGAAUUCUCAAAGAGGGUGAUCUCAGCACUAUCUCAGCCAAACAGAUUCGUAAAGAUCUUCAAGCAGAAUUGGGGUUCGACAUCUCCCACCAAAAGGAUGCUGUGAAAGCUUUAAUCCUGGAACGGUUUGAUGAAGUCUCGAAACACACUCAGAGUUCUCCACCUGCAACCAAUGGACACGUUAAUGGCGACUACAUCAAAGAUGAAGGAUCGCAUACUCCCACACCGAAGCGGGAAGUUGAUGGCUAUGAUGAAGAUGAAAAGCCAAAGAAGAAGAGACAAAAGCAGGAUGAUGACGCGAAGCUAGCAGCUCUACUACAGGCACAGGAAAACAGCAGAACAAGAUCAACCAGAGGGGCUGGAACCAAACGAAGCGCAGGUGUCAAGAAAAGCAAGAGUACACCGAAGAAAAAGAAGUCCUCCGCAAAGGUUAAGGCGACGGAUGAUAGUGAUAUGGAAUUAGGCUCAGAUGGGGAGCCCAAAGAGGUCAUCAAGAAGGGCGGGUUUCAUAAACAAUAUAAUCUUUCCGCGGCUUUAGCAGAUCUAGUAGGGGAGCCAACAUUAUCACGGCCCCAAGUCGUCAAGAAGAUUUGGGAACAUAUUAAAGCCCACGACCUUCAAGACCCCAGCGAUAAACGACAAAUUAUAUGCGAUGAUAAAAUGCAAUUGGUUUUUAAUACAGGGAAAGUUCACAUGUUUACCAUGAAUAAGCUUCUUGGUAAACAGUUGUACCCAGUUGAAGAGGAAUAG